GGAAGAGAAGGGGGAGGGGUAGGAGAUCGAUUUCGAGAGGGGGAGGAGGAGGAAUGGGGGUGAGGCAAUGCGAGUUGUGCGAUCGGGCGGCGAGGAUCCACUGCGAGUCGGAUCAGGCGAGCCUGUGCUGGGAGUGCGACGCCAAGGUGCACGGAGCCAACUUCCUGGUGGCGCGACACUCCAGGUGCCUGCUCUGCCGGAGCUGCCAGUCGCCGACGCAGUGGCGGGCGGAGGGCGCCAGGCUGGGCCUCACCGUCUCCGUCUGCGAGCGGUGCGCCGCCACUGCCUCGGCCCGAGGCAGGAAGGAGGGUGGCGGCGGCGGCGAGGAGGAGGAGGAGGUGGAACAAGGGGAAGGGGGAGGAAGGGAGGAGGAUGAGGAGGACGAAGAGGAGGAGGAGGAGGAAGAUGACGACGACGAAGGGGAGGGGGAGGAGGAGGACGAAGGGGAUAACCAGGUGGUGCCGUGGUCUCUGACGCCGCCGCCGGUGACGAGCUCGUCGAGCAGCGAAGGCGAGGAGGAGUCGGGCCGCAUGGGGAAUGGCGGUGGCUUGAAGCGGAUGCGGGAGAACGCCGAUCUCGCUGUCUCGCAGGACGAUCUCGCCUGCUCCUCGUCCCGCCCGAGAUACCUUGCGUCGGCGCCCGCUCCAUCUCCAGCAGCUGCGGAAGACGAGGCCAGCUCCUUCGCCCCCGCCGUCCGUCCCACCAUGGAUCGCAAGAGGCCCGCUCUUCUCCGCCCCGCCGUCGGUCUCAUGACCCCGUUCCUGUCUUCCUCCGAUCCAAAUCGAUACAAGAAUCUCCAAGGUUGAAUGGUGUGCACUGCUGACUACAGAGGGAGCGAUGAGACAUGCAUGCCGAUGGAUGGAUUCAUUUUGUUUAGUUUCGAGCGUCUGUAGGUAUUUCCAUCUCAAUGAACGAAUGAAUGGCUCGAGUGUUCCUCUGUUCUUGAC